AUGACCUCCACUCCUCGCGACGUCGGAACGCUCAUCGUCGUCGUUCUGAAAGCGAAAAACUUGCCAAACAAACGCCAUAUAGGCAAGCAGGAUCCAUUCUGUACAGUCACAUAUAACGGCGAGAAGAGGAGAACGAAGGCGAUCCAUCGCGGUGGUCAACAUCCCGAGUGGGAUGAGGAGAUCCGUUUCACCCUGUUCGAGGACACAGAGAACGAUGCAACGAACGCCGCCAACGGAGGCACUCCUCCACCUCCACCCCCGAAGGCUAAUGGCAAGGGACCCCCCAAGAUCAAAGGCGGAAAGUCUAUGAUCAUCUCAUGCUAUGCAGAAGAUCCUCGCGAACCGGACCUCAUAGGCGAGACCACUGUUGAUCUGACCGAGGUGCUUACGAAGGGGGAGACCGAUGAAUGGUUCACGAUCAUGAACAAAGAGAAAUACUGCGGGGAAGUGUAUUUGGAGUUGACGUUUUGGUCCAAUGAACCGCCGCCGGUGAAGAAAGUCAGGGCGAAACCGAAGGCGCAUAGGCAGUAUGGAGGUCCCGGCUCAUUCGUGCCCACCGAGGAAUCUACCGAGGAAGUGCGGCAUGCCAUAUCGCAUCUUCCAUCUACAAGCAGCUUCCGAGAGGAGCUGAGUCGUGACAGUAUACCGUCAUCUCUCAGAUCAUCGAGCUCCAUAGCAAACCUCGAUCUAUAUGUUCCGGCAUAUGAGAGUACUCGAUCCCACCACUCUGUGGACAGCGUCGUUAAUGAAUUUGCUGAGCUGGGCUUUUCGGACAAUGUGAAUCGCAGGCAAAGUUUUCCUCCACAGCAAGGAUAUCUUCCAACCCAUGGAUCGUUCAUCGAAUAUCCUGAUUCGCAGGCUUUGUCUCCUCUGUCCUCUCAAGGAUACCGCCACAGUACAUAUUCCGAUGGAGGAUAUUCGUAUGAACGACCUGUGACGCCUUCUGGAUCUCUGCCGUAUCAUCAUAGUUCAAUGUCCAUCAAUCAUGAGCCUUACCAGGCGCCAUACGAAUCAACUCCUCCCCCUCAACCGAGCUAUCAGGCACCUGUUCGCCAUGCAGGUCCGAGAUAUAGCAUGCCUACGUCAUCCUCGGGUUUCAUGCCUGUCUCAACUCCGGCUCCGUCAGGAUUCCUCCCUCUCUCGUCUCACGUCUCCCAACCGUCUGGGUUUACUCCUCUCCCGGCACCUACACCAGCUCCGAUGGGUUAUGGUCCUCCUCCGUCUCACGUCCCUGUGCCUUCAUCGAGCUUCUCGACCCUGCCACUUUCGCUAGUCCCGCCUCCGAGUUUUGGUGUUGUGCCAUCCGCCUCGCCCGCGCCCUAUCAUCAACACACACUUCCUCAACCUCCACCGGGACACAGCUAUCCUCAGUAUCCUCCUCCCAUGCCAUCUUCUAGCUUUCAGCAUUACCCCCUACCUGCACUCACAACCUCGGCUCCGCCGCUUUCCCAAACGGCGCCUCAGAAAGCGUACGGACCCCCAGCACCGGUAUCUGUCCCCGUGCAGUCGCAGUCCGCCCCUCCACCCGAUCGACAAUCGAUGCAGAUGUCGAUUCCGCCGCCGCCUCACGACCAUAUCCCGCCGCCUCCACCGCUGAAUGAGAGCCCUUCAUCUGGUCAAGUUAGCAACUCUAGACCACUUCCACAGCCUCGGCGGCGCAAUUCCUCGUUACCUGUUCCGCCAAUGGCUUAUCCGCAGUAUGUCCCUACUGCAGGAGGCAAUGUCCAUAUGCCGCCCUCAGUUUCUUACAAUCACAUUCCUCCGCCCCCGCCUCUGCCGCAGCACAGUGCAGCAGCUUCGACGUACUCACAAACGCCUCAUCCGACCAUUCCUGUUCCGCCACCUCCCGCCCCGUCAUCAGUUCAGUCUCGUCCAACAAGACGUCCGAGUCUACCGGCGCCCCCGCAUUCGGAUUAUCAGCAACAGUCACAGUCUGCAUUCCAGGCACUUCCACCUCCGCCGCCCCCACCUACCUUACCUGCCCAUGCUAUUUACGAGCAAGUUAUGCCGUUCCCAGUGCCGAGUCAAAGCCAGACGUUCUACCCGGGACCCCCGCCCAGACCUCCUGUCCAACUUCAGUCGCAGUCGCAGUACCUGCCACCUACUGGGGGUCCUCCAUCUGCUCAUGCGGGCUACUCGUCUCCUUUGACGGGUUAG